AACAAGGUGACAGCGAUAAAAUAAGUGGGUAUAGCGAGAUUCGGCUUAAAAAAUGUUUAAUAUGUGAAUUUGUAAUAUUGGUUCAACCAUGGCCUCUCCCAAUAAGUUUAAGUCUAAGGGAGAUACAAAAUAAGAUAAUAAAUUCAAUACAAGUAGACCAGCUUCAUCUCCAAAAACAACCUGUGCACGGUACAAGGCAGUGCAAGAGCAUGACUAUUUCGUGAUUGCUUUGUUUACUUCAAGCAGGCGACGCUGAACUUUGAAUUCUUGAAUACAAUUUCAACAAUGACUUUUGUAAUUUUUCACAGUGCGUACGAUUACGAGAACCGUUCAAAUGAUGAAACCUUAAUCGCAAAAAUGAAGAUUAUUUUAGUGUUAUAUUUUUUCCUUUUUCUACAAUUAACUAGCUGUCACAUGCCAACAGUGUAUGAAUUUUGCUCGCAUGUUGUAGCAAAUGGGAACACGAGUCAGCUGACUUGUGAUUCCAGUCAAUGUCAAGGCAGACCUGGUAAACGCGGAUCACAGGGACCAAGAGGAUUAACAGGAGUAAAAGGUCAAAAAGGCGAACAAGGAACUGCUGAAAAUCUGGAAGAAAAAAUUAGAGAACUUGAAAGUUCGCUUGCAAAGACAAGUCGGAUUAUUGAGGCUUUACCAAAGAGUGCAUAUUGUUUUAUGGGAAUGAGAAGCAGAGAUAUACCAGACUCAGCUAUUACAGCUUCAUCGAUAUACGACGUAAAUCAUAAUGCGUAUGACGGAAGGCUUGACAACAGAAAAAAAAUAGGAGAUGUAGCAGCAUGGGCGGUCCGGCAGAAUCGAAAGGGCGAAUGGCUUCAAGUAGACUUCGCAAGACCGGAACUAGUUGGUGGAAUAAUUACACAGGGAAGAGAGGGUCACGAUCAAUGGGUGACGUCUUUCGCAAUUUCCUGUGGUCUCAGCUCCAGUUCUCUGACUACCAUACAAGAGCACGGGGCACAAAAGAUAUUUACAGGUAACUCUGACAUUGAAACCAAAAAGAUCAACAUGUUUCCAAAACCAGUCACUUGUCAAUAUGUUCGGGUUCACCCUCAAACCUGGAAGGCUCAUAUCUCAAUGAGGGUCGAAUUUAUCAAGGGAAUGUGCUUUGAUCUCUGUCACAUGCCAACAGUGUAUGAAUUUUGCUCGCAUGUUGUAGCAAAUGGGGACACGAGUCAGCUGACUUGUGAUUCCAGUCAAUGUCAAGGCAGGCCUGGUAAACGCGGAUCACAGGAACCAAGAGGAUUAACAGGAGCAAAAGGUCAAAAAGGCGAGCAAGGAACUGCUGAGAAUUUGGAAGAAAGAAUUAGAGAACUUGAAAGUGCAUAUUGUUUUAUGGGAAUGAGAAGCAGAGAUAUACCAGACUCAGCUAUUACAGCUUCAUCGAUAUAUGACGUAAAUCAUAAUGCGUAUGACGGAAGGCUUGAUAACAGAUAUCAUCGAGGAGAUGAAGGAGCAUGGGCGGCCCGGCACAAUCGAAAGGGCGAAUGGCUUCAAGUAGACUUCGGAAGACCAAAACUAGUUGGUGGAAUAAUUACACAGGGAAGAGAGGGUGUUGGUGUAUGGGUGACGUCUUUCACGAUUUCUUGUGGUCUUAGCACUAGUACUCUGGCUACCGUCCAAGAGAAUGGGGCACAAAAGAUAUUUGCAGGUAACUCUGACAGAGACACCAAAAAGAUCAACAUGUUUCCAAAACCAAUAACUUGUCGAUAUAUUCGGGUUUACCCUCAAACAUGGCAGGGUCACAUCAAUAUGAGGGUCGAAUUUAUCAAGGGAAUGUGCUAUGAUUUGUACAUAACCAUAAUCGCAAAAAUGAAGAUUAUUUUAGUGUUAUACUUUGUUCUUUUUCUACGAUUUACUAGCUGUCACAUGCCAACAGUGUAUGAAUUUUGCUCGCAUGUUGUAGCAAAUGGGGACACGAGUCAGCUGACUUGUGAUUCCAGACAAUGUCAAGGCAGGCCUGGUAAACGCGGAUCACAGGGACCAAGAGGAUUAACAGGAGCAAAAGGUCAAAAAGGCGAGCAAGGAACUGCUGAGAAUUUGGAAGACAGAAUUAGAGAACUUGAAAGUUCGCUUGCAAAGACAAGUCGGAUUAUUGAGGCUUUACCAAAGAGUGCAUAUUGUUUUAUGGGAAUGAGAAGCAGAGAUAUACCAGACUCAGCUAUUACAGCUUCAUCGAUAUAUGACUUAAAUCAUAAUGCCUCUGUGUUUGCAGGUAACUCUGACAGAGACACCAAAAAGAUCAACAUGUUUCCAAAACCAAUAACUUGUCGAUAUAUUCGGGUUUACCCUCAAUCAUGGCAGAAUCACAUCAAUAUGAGGGUCGAAUUUAUCAAGGGAAUGUGCUAUGAUUUGUACACAUAAAAUGGAGAUAACAAUUAGUUAUUAUU